UGGAAGGAUAGCGACAGGGGACACCUGGGAUGGAGGUUGCCCCUUCCCGGACUCGUGCUGCCACACCUGCCUUUCUAGGUUGUUCCAACCAACCCUCCAAGUGGUCGGGGUUCCCCUCCACCAGUGCAGCAGUAGCUGAUGUACUGGGGAAAGCUCCCAAGCCUCAGGAACAUAGCACCGGUGAUUAGGCGUGUUGAUAUGCCACGCUGUUCGGUACCAAACAGGCCAUCUGAGCAGGGGUCUUACAAAUGUCUAGUGGUUUUUCAACCUCCACUGGGAACUUGGGAGGAGCCGGUACCGUGUGUUCAGGGGCCCUGCUUUUGUGGCGAGAAUGUGUCCUGCUGUACCACACCAAGGAUGGGACUCCUGACAUCCCAUGGGGUUGGGGGGGGUGAUUUGCGACAGCAGAAAGCAUUGUGGCAGCAUAGGAGGUUGUUGACCUCAGCAUUGUGUCCACCCAGAGGUCCGUGAUGCCCCUGGUAGAGUCACCUCUCUCAUGUGUUAGGGCUGGCUUUCCAAGCUCAACACCCUAGUCCCAGCCACCAACAGCGUGGGCCCAGCAGCCAGCCACACCUGUGGCACUAAUCUAAGAGAACUCCCUUCCGUGUCCCUGCCACUGCCCUGCCCUGUCCACUGUCCCUGCCUGGGGAAAGGCGGCAGGGUCCUGCUAUUUCCACUAGCUCACCUUGGCCCGGUGCUGGGACUCUUGCAUGGGGAUUCCUCAAUGUCAAUGUAAGUGAAAUCAGUUUUGAUGAAAUUCAUCAACUCUUCUCCAAGGAUUUAGAUAUUGAGCCAGGAGGUCACUGGAGGCCUAAAGACUGUAAACCCAGAUGGAAGGUGGCAGUUCUCAUUCCUUUCCGGAAUCGCCAUGAACAUCUUCCAAUUUUUUUCUUGCAUCUGAUUCCAAUGCUCCAGAAGCAGAGGCUGGAAUUUGCCUUUUAUGUCAUUGAACAGACCGGCACACAGCCUUUUAACCGUGCGAUGCUCUUCAAUGUGGGCUUCAAAGAGGCCAUGAAAGACAGCGUCUGGGACUGCGUAAUCUUCCACGAUGUGGAUCAUCUACCUGAAAAUGACCGAAACUAUUACGGUUGUGGAGAAAUGCCACGUCAUUUUGCAGCAAAGCUGGAUAAAUACAUGUAUAUUCUUCCAUAUAAAGAGUUUUUUGGUGGCGUAAGUGGACUGACAGUGGAACAAUUUAAAAAGAUCAAUGGUUUUCCUAAUGCCUUCUGGGGAUGGGGAGGAGAAGAUGAUGACCUUUGGAAUAGAGUUCACUAUGCUGGAUACAAUGUAACAAGACCAGAGGGAGACUUGGGGAAAUACAAAUCUAUUCCUCAUCACCAUCGAGGUGAAGUCCAGUUUUUAGGACGGUAUAAAUUACUGAGGUAUUCAAAAGAGCGUCAGUACAUCGAUGGGUUGAACAAUUUAAUAUAUACGCCAAAAAUACUGGUUGAUAGGUUGUAUACAAACAUAUCUGUAAACCUCAUGCCAGAGUUAGCUCCAAUUGAAGAGUAUUAAAAGAAGUAGCUGUCAUGGCAAAGCUAGACCACAAUGCUGAUCACAGACUUGGAGUGUAUUCUAAAUGGAGGUCAGUGAAUGGACGUGUCACAGUGCCCUGAUCCGUGAGAAGAGCCAGCUGUCCUUAGUGUUUACGGUGUGAGAUUAUAUGCUAUCACCCAUCCUGGACUCUGAGACACUCGCCCACGGCAAGCACUGUGGAGACUCAGUGCCGUUGCGGAAGUCUGGAAGUUAAGAGGGCCUCCCUACAAAGAGAAAAUUUUUAUACUAACAUAUAUAAUUUAAUUCAAGAGAAUGCUUUAUUUCUGUUUAAACAUGUUUUGUAUAUAUGUGAUGUAAAUUAAUGUGUUCAAAUUGUUGAAAAAGAUGUGUUGCAGUUUUGCAUGUAAUUGGUCAUGCCUUUAUUGGACUUUUCUAGACAUUUUUAUUUGCAUGGAAAAAAACAAUGCAAAUUUAUGUCACUAAACAAAGGUUAACCCUUGUGUGAAAUGAAGGAACUGUCAAUAAUUGACAGCCAACUAAUACAGUAAGUGGUUAUACUAGUUUUGAGCUUUAGACCUUCAGCCUCUUGUGUGGAAGUCACAGCUUUCUUAGGGUUCUAAAGGAUAAGAAGAAAGGAGUUGAACAGCUCUUCUUCCUACCAGGAUUACCUGUUUUUUUCCUUGGCUUGCAAUCUCAUCAGAUUUUGCUAAGUCACAGCCAUAUUGUUUAUGCACAUUGCAUGAGUAUUACCAAGAAAAUCGUAAACGUUGUGAUGUAACACGAUAUAAAGGACCUCUUUAUGUUAACUGUCUUUCAUGUAUCUUUGGUGUAAUUGUCAGGGAUUUUGUGCCUCAAAAAAUGUUCCCAAGGUUGUGUGUGUUUGUACACUGUAUUUUUUUUUUUUAAUUCAUAGUGAACAGCACUUUUAUUAUUUCUAGUUCAGAAGAGCCAAAAAACAAUUUUCAUUAAAAAAAAAUCAAAAUGAUUUUUUUUAAAAGAAUGAGCUAUGGAAAACCCAGUAGUACUUAUAAUAUACAAAUGAAUUAUACUAUUAGAUAAGAAAUUAAAUGUUCUAUUUUUAUGAAGAUAAAUGCUUAGUAGAUGAAAACAAAGUUUAAGUUUAAUUCUGGGACUCAGAAUUUCAAGUUUUGAAGGGAAUCUUUAAUGCCGGCCAGUUUUAUUAGAACUAUAUAUUUUUUUCACUUUUAAGAAAUUACAUUUCUGGUAUUCUUAAAAUUGCCUCACUGAAAGCAUAAUUUAAUAGAAUUAUUUUAAAAUACAUAAUCAGUUAUUUAAAUGCGGUGACAUUAUAGGACACUGCUCUGAGAACAGAUCUUACUAUCUGACAUCCAGUGUAUUGCUUUAUCUUCAAGUUGGGUGAAGUUUUCAUGGCAAACCAAACCGCAUCCUUACUUUGAAAAUUAUCCACUGUAGUCAACCAAAGAGUCUACAAAAUCUUAACAUUUUCAGAAAUUUAAGACAAAAAAUUAUGCAUCUCUUAAGUGAGUCUGCAAAAACAAUGAAGAACAAAAGAAAUCUAUCUAUGAGGGAUGUUGGGAUAACAUUUGCCUCAUGGAUUGUUCCCCUAAAACAGAAACAAAGUUAUUUGUCUCAGGUUUAAGUUUAAUUGUGAAGUGUUAUUUUUUUAUGGCAAUAUUGGCAAUACAAAUGACCACAAACCAAAUCAUAAAAUAAUUGAAUUUCUUAUACUUUGAAAAAAUGGAUUGCUCUCCCUUUAUGAUACCAAACAGAAUUUUCCAUAUUUAUUUCUUAGAAUUAUUUCCAAAAUAUUUGCCUUCCUUUUUUUUUGGUGGUCCUCAAAAUAACAAAAAAAUCGAACCUUCCAAAAAAUAAGAGAUUUGUUCUUAAUUUGUGUAUCUGUUCGUUUUGGUCUCAUAGCCAACGCAGUUUGUUUAAUUUGGUGAAAUGCAAGACGGUUGGGAAUGUUAACAUUUGUAAUCACUAACAAGAUAAUAGGGGCAUAGGAGCAUAAUUAAUCCAAUAAUACUUAAAUAUUUUUUUAAUACUUACAUAUUUUAAUU